CUUGCGCUUUGUAUGUGGCUGGCUUGUCCGGAUACCGACGCCAUGUCGCAGUGGAACCUUGGAAGCAUGGUGGACGCGCCGGUGUUUCGACCGACGCCAAGUGAGUUUGCGUCCUUCCCGCGCUACAUUCGCACGGUCGUCGAGCCGCAGUGCCAAACCAUUGGCCUCUGCAAGAUCGUGCCACCACUCGGGUGGGUCGCGCGCGCGUCUGGCUACGACAACGUAGCGUUCGACAUCCACACACCGCUGAGCCAGCACGUCGCGGGCAAGAAAGGCGUCUUCAACGUCGACCUCGUCGAGCGCAAGAGCAUGACGCUCGACGCCUUUAAAGCGCUGGCGGUCGCCAAGGAUACCGUCACGCAUCUUCUCGACGACGACGCCAUCGAGCGAGCCUUCUGGAAAGGCCUGCGCCCGACCAUGGAGCCGCCAGUAUACGGCGCCGACCUCGUGGGCUCGCUCUUUCAAGACGACGCGUUGAGCAACCCUUGGAACGUCAACAACCUCGACACGAUCCUGCGCAGCGUGGACCUACCCGGCGUCACGCAGGCCAUGCUCUACUUUGGCAUGUGGCGUGCGAUGUUUGCGCUCCAUACGGAAGACAUGGAUCUGUACAGCAUCAACUUUCUACACACGGGGCGGCCCAAGUUUUGGUAUGGCAUUCCGCCGCAGUCAGCGGCCAAGCUCGAGCGCGUCGCGCAGAGCUUGUUUCCGGAAAAGGACAUGACGUGCCAUCAGUUUCUGCGCCACAAGACGUCGCUCAUUGCGCCGACCAAGCUGCGCGAACACAGCGUCCCGUUCUACAAGGUGGUGCAGCGACCCGGCGAGUUUGUGAUUACGUUUCCAGGCAGCUACCACCAAGGCUUCAACAUGGGCUUUAACAUUGCCGAAUCGGUCAACUUUGCGACGCUGCGCUGGGUCGGCCUCGGUCGCGCGGCCAAGCUGUGCCACUGCGUGCCUGGUCAAGUCCGCAUCGAUCUGGAUGCGUUUGUACAUAGCAUCUUUUCGUCGCCGGGCAGUGACCGCCUCGAUGCGGAUGCGUGGGUGCUCCUCUGCAGCUGCGGCGCUUACGCGAGCAGCGCCGAUUCGUCCGAGCACGACCUCCAGCCGUCGUUCGAGUGCUCCACGUGCAAAGUGUGGGCCCACCUUGCGUGCGACCAUCCGACCUUGCCUAGCGAUGCCAUACCGUCGACGCUCCUGUGUCGGUACUGCCAAACCGCCAGCGACAAAGACCUCGCGCCGCCGAGCCCGCGCGGACGACCCAAGCGCUUGUGCAAGAAGAAGAAUGCAAUCAUCUCGCUGCGCCGGUCGCCCGAGAUGGUCGUCGAGGGCAAAGUCGUGGCUGUUGACGGCGCCUUUUUGCGCGUGCGCGUCAAGGGCUGCGCCGACGACGAGUGGCUUCGCGCCGACGACCCAUCGAUUCUCAGCGAGCAGCCGACGGCCAAGAGGUCGCUCGCGUCAGCAGCAGCGUCGCCGGCCAAGCGACGUCGCACGUUGAAGUGAUGUAACUCAGAUAUACAGUCGACUUGCAAAAUCUUCGAA